AUGCUUGCCAGUUUCUUCUUUCUGCUGUUCCUCACAGGUGGGGCAUCUGCCGAGGCUAUAUACCAGGAUGUCUUAAAUUACCUGAACCUGACGUCAAACAGUGACCUGUUCACCAUGUCCCGACCUGUUAAAAGCCACGCACAGGCCUUAGAAGUUGAGCUUGACAUAAUGCUCUAUGCCAUUCUAGAUGUGCGGGAGAUUGAACAAAAAUUUGUCCCCUACAUCUGGAUUUUUAUGAAAUGGAAAAACGAUCAUAUUUCCUGGAAUCCUGAAGACUUUAGUGGGAUUAAUUAUAUCACUAUUCCUACUGAAGCUCUUUGGAAACCAGACGUAACUAUUGAGGAGAUGAUAGAGAAAGACAAGGCUGCUCCGAGUCCAUAUCUCUUCGUUUCAUACUCAGGUCUAGUUGCCCUUAAAAAGGAUCUGGUCCUGGUCAGCACCUGCAGGAUGCACGUUUACAAUUUUCCCUUCGACACACAAAGUUGCACCCUUUCAUUCAAGUCAGUCGUCCACACUAACAAUAAAAUACGACUCCUCCUCACUGCUGAUUCCUCUAAGAUCACAAAGGAUUCCAAGGAGGUGUUGCGAACCCAGUACGAGUGGCAGUUCAUCAAUGUGACAGUCACUAACCAAACUGUCAACAAAUAUGGCCUGAAUCAAGACAUGAUCAUUUAUACUAUCUACAUGAAGAGGAGGUCUAUGCUGUACGUCAUCAACUUCAUGCUGCCCGUCCUGUUCUUCCUGUGUCUGGACUUGUCCUCCUUCCUGAUCUCAGACAAAGGGAGUGAGAAGCUGAGUUUCAAGAUCACGGUGCUGCUUGCUGUCACCGUGAUGCAGCUUCUUCUCAAUGAAAUACUGCCUUCAGCAUCAAACAGGAUCCCACUUAUAUCCCUCUACUGCUUUGGGAUUUUUGGGUUCAUGAUGCUCAGCCUUGUUGAGACGAUUGCGGUGAUGUAUUUGAUUGAAAAAGACUCUGAAUCCCAAGACAAAGAGGUAGACAGAGACCAAAGCCUGAGUGAGGACUGUUGUGACAAAUCUACCUACAAACAUGACAAAAAGGUGAGAAAAUGGCGCCAGUGUUUGGGCAACGUGUCUUCUGACGAAACUCCUGCUGACCUGUUGCAUGAAGAUGGAAAGAUGACCGUCAGCAAAUCCACAGAGGACACCUACACACUGGAGCAAGUUUCAACUGAACUGAAAGAAAUGGAGAAAACACUGUCUGUGAUCUUCACCCGCAAUGGUGGAGAGAGGAAGCCUGGAUACUGGACCCAAAAGGCAAAAAUAAUCAACAGAAUUUUCUUCAUGUUCUAUGUCACAUCAGUCAUCAUGUUUAUUAUUUGCCUGUUUUCAUUUUGGAAUGCAUAAAAAGCUGGAAACUCCACACAUUCAAUGAGUAUUGAUUUUGCUGCAAACAAGACACAUUUUUGGCGUCUUUGUUGUCUGUUUUUUGCACAAAGAAACAAAAAUGUCAACAAGUUUGUCUUCUGCGUCUAUGCCAUACAACAAAAUCCAUGUACACUGGAGCAUGCAAAGAAUCAUGUGUAAGCUGAAUGUUACACUAUGUAUUGUAAUCAUAUCAUAAUAAUAUGCAAUGAUAUUAUUAUAGAUAUAUCAUAAGAUUUUAA